UUUAAUAUCGUAGGUUAUUAUCCGUAUUGGCAGCUUGGAACGGAGAUGUGAUUAUUUUAGUUUACUCGUUUGCGGUAGGCGAAUGUACAUAAAUUUAGCACAUUAAUAUAUGUGCUGCACUGUAUAAUGUAGGCGUUGUCGAAAAAAUGGACGGGACAAACUUGAACUGAUUUUGGGAGUUACGGAGCGGUGGGUUAAAAUGGCAAACCCCACUUUGCAGCCGUUUGUAUCAAACAUUGGACAUAAGGAUAUAACAACGAAAAAAACUGUUUUGUUAUGUAUUACCAUAGAUGUUCUGAUAUGGGCGACUUUGAUGGCUGGAACACGGACAGAAAGCAGUAACUGCUCAGUGGAGUGUUAUUGUCUUGGGGCUUUCGUAGACUGUAGUAAACGAGGUUUGACGAAGGUACCCAGCGAUCUUCCUGAUUGGAUGGAGACUUUGGAUUUGAGCUCUAAUCAACUUAGAGAUGUCAUCAUUGAAGCAAGGAAUUCACGAUUACUGACAGAACUGAAGCUGAAUAAGAAUGUGUUUACAGAGAUUCCUGUCCUAAAUGACAUGCCAGAUUUAUCAUUUCUUACCUUGUCACACAAUGAGAUUCAGCACAUUGACUGCUCUGCUUUAAAGAAUGUUACAAGUCUGAAAUCUCUAGACUUGAACAGCAAUCGUCUUGUUGACAUCAGCAUAACAAGUUUCCGUUUUAAAUCCAGCAUUCAGAAUUUAAAUCUGAACAAUAAUAGGAUUUCUGCUAUUGAGAAGGGCAGUUUGGACAAUCUGCCCUUGCUUACAGAACUGAGGCUCAAUCGCAACCAUCUCACAAAAUUCCAUAAAGGAUUAUUCAAAGAUCUUAAGCAUUUGAGGAUUUUGGAGCUGAAUAGAAAUCAUUUUACUGAAAUAGAAGGCUUGUCAUUUCAUGGCUUAGAAGGUUUGAGCGUUCUGAAGUUACGGCGGAAUUCAAUACAGACACUACUGGAUGGUGCAUUUUGGGGACUGAAGAACAUGAGCACUCUACAGUUGGAUUUCAACAACAUCACAAGCAUUACUAAAGGUUGGUUGUAUGGGCUGAGCUCUCUACAUCAACUCACUCUGGCUAAUAACCAUAUAUCUAGUAUUGAACAAGAUGGAUGGGAAUUUUGUCAGCUUCUGAAGGAACUGGACUUAUCAAAUAACAGACUGGAAUCAAUUGAGAAGGAAACAUUUGAACAUCUCUCCAAGUUGCAAAAAUUACAUCUGAGUAACAACAGAAUCACAUAUAUAGCUGAAGGUGCAUUUAACAGCACUCCUGCACUAGAAGUCUUGGAGUUGAAUUUGAACAGGAUAUCAACAACAAUUGAGGAUAUGAGCAGUGCAUUUGUUGGUUUAAAUCGGUUGCUCAAGUUUGGACUAGCUUCGAACCACAUCAAGUCCAUCACAAAGAAAGCAUUUGUUGGACUGGAGAGACUGAAGAAGCUCGAUCUGAGCAACAACAACAUUACCUCAGUGCAAGAGAAUGCCUUUUCAAGUAUGUCGGAACUGAAGGAGCUUCUUAUAAACACAACAAGCUUGUUGUGUGACUGCAAACUGAAAUGGUUUCCUGCUUGGCUUGAAGCAACAAAUUUCCAGACACCUAUCAUUGCUGUUUGUGCUUAUCCUGAAUGGCUGGAAGGGAAGCUUGUCACACAGGUGCAUCCUGGGAAUUUUACCUGCGAUGAUUUUCCAAACCCUCGCAUCACUGAAGAUCCUAAAACACAGGUGGCUCUAAAAGGAGGAAAUGUAACAUUGCGUUGCAAAGCUGUGUCGUCAUCACAUGUGAAAAUGACCGUCCAGUGGAAGAAAGAUAAUCUGGAUUUUCAAGGUGGAAACAUCUCGAACUUUGCUCGCAGUCCAAAUGGAAAGGGCACGGAGCAUGAUUCGGUUCUGUCCCUUGUCAACAUUUCGGACAGCGACACAGGCAGAUAUCAGUGUGUGGCUUCCAACAAUUAUGGCACGACAUAUUCACUAAAGGCCAGGAUCUCUGUUUUAAUUUUCCCAACAUUUGUGAAAACUCCAGGAAAUAUAACUGUGAAAACUAAAAACACUGCUCGUCUGGAGUGUGCGGCAAGGGGGCAGCCCCCUCCAGAGAUUGCUUGGCAGAAGGACGGUGGUAACGACUUCCCAGCUGCAAGGGAACGGCGCAUGCACGUGAUGCCAACAGAUGAUGUGUUUUUCAUACUGAAUGUGAAGACAGUGGACAUGGGCACCUACAGCUGUACGGCCCAGAAUCAGGCCGGAGUGAUUGUUGCCAAUGCUUCUUUAACAGUCGAAGAACCACCAUCAUUUGUGAAGCCAAUGGAAAAUAAGGAGAUAAUUGCUGGGGAACCUAUUGUGCUGGGAUGUAUGGCCUCAGGAUCUCCUAAACCCAAGCUGACGUGGAGGAAAGACGGCAGAGAUCUUACCGUCACAGAAAGACAUUUCUUCACUGCUGAUGAUCAGCUUCUUGUCAUUGUCGAUACGGAUCUCUCAGAUGCUGGGACAUAUGAAUGCCAGAUGUCUAACAUGCUCGGCACAGAACAAGGUUUCUCGCAGCUAUCCGUCAUUCCAGCGUCAGGCCCCAGUAUGAAUGAGAGUGACAUGACUGGGAUCAUCAUCAUCACAGUUGUGUGCUGUGCAGUUGGCACUUCAAUUGUGUGGGUGGUGAUAAUCUAUCAGACUCGCAAACGCAUGGGCAUAGUGGAAGUACGAAACGAUGAGUGCCCGUACCCUGGCACAUUACUGUCUGCCACAACGGCCCCUGAUGACAGGGACUCAGCCCCACAUCUGUACCUUGACACCAACUCGGAGCAUUCAAGCGGUAGCAAGGACAGUGGGACUGGUGACUCUGCUGGAAAACAUAGCAGCGACAACCUGCUGAUGAAUGGCCUUGUUCUUAGUCUUGCAGCUACAGGAGGCAGUAAUCAUAGCAUGGAAGGUACGAACCAUAUGCAUGGAGGAAUGGCCAAUAUUCUUGAUGCAGUCACUGCACCUCCAGUCCUACGGAACAGUUUUCAUCCACAUCGAACCAAUCAUGACCGGUGUUAUGUUGGUGCUUGUGGCAGCUAUCCACACUCACAUUCAAAGCGCUGGUCAGAUCCACAUGUCAUGGGGCAGCCUGCACAGCCCAACUCCUACUAUAGCCUGCCCAAGAACCUUCACCCAGAGAUUGGUAAGGGGCCCAAGUUCGGUGCCAGUGCCUCUAGUCAGGUGGAAGACAGCAAGGGCAGCAGCGCGAUGACGGAGGAGGACACAGAUGAGGAGCUCAUUCCUUGCAUCCGUGCCUUGGGGCCGCAGUGAUUAAUGAAUAUUGAACUUAGACAUAGAAGCAACACGCUAUUAUCAGAUUUCAUGCUGAUAAAUCCAGCUCUGAAAAUACAUGGCUCAGGAUUUUAACUGGAGUAACUAGAAGCUCCAAAUUGUAGCUGUGAAAUGUUUUAGUAAAACUCUUCAGGUGAUAAAAAUAAAGAUAUAUUAAACAGAAUAUUUUCUGAUGCCACCAAUUUAAAAGAGAUAAUUGGGGUUUCAAAUUUUGUGGUAUUUUCAAGAGGCUUUAAUUUCAUAAAAAUGUUAUUGUUUAUCAAAGAAACAAUUUUAUUUGCAAGAAUAAAUGUAUUUUCAAAGUAAUUAAUUGUUUAAAAGAUAGUAAAUACAAAUUAUUUUAAUUCAUAUUACAUCCAGGUAUGCAGUAAUACUUCCGUUUUAUUUCUUCAUUUGUUUCAUUUCAUUGAACUAAUGUACACGUUAUAUCUUGAAAGUAUUUAUUUCAGUAUUUAUUUCUAAGUAGAAGUUCAUGUAUAUACAUAAUAUAUGUAGCUACCUGUCAGUUCAUUACAUACUUGUGUAGUUAGAAAUUGUGAAAAUUCUGCUUUUUAUGCCUUAAAGAGUAGUCUUUUGUUAAAAUGCAGUAUAUGAACACUUUUUAGAAUUGUAUGCAAUGUUUUUGUUUGAUUUUCAGGGUUGGAUAGUUAGUUGAUUACUUGUUAGGUUGGGUCAGGAAUUCUGCCAGCUGGUGUUCUUGUUUAGAUAUUAACUGAUGCCGGGAGGCAUCUUUUGUGUAGCUGUAACAUAAUUCUGCAUUUCAAAUUCAGUCAUCAGUAUUAGUCCCUGUCAAAGCUCUGAAUGCUGUUUCUGUUGAGGUUAAUGUACAAAGUUGACGAAGUCGCUAUGGUGAUUAUAGAACUCAAAGUAUUUGACUGUGCCAUGACUGUGGUGUGUUUGCAUCUUAUGCUAUGAAACAUGAAGGCAGAAAACUGUUUUUAGUUUUAAAAAGUGACAUUAACCAGAAUAGCCAUGAAUUGGCUGGAGCUGGUGUAAUUUAUUGGAAAUAGAAGAGUAAAGUGAAUGAAAGAAUCUUCCAUGAAAAUUCUUAGUUUAAAAGUAGCAGCAUUUUAUCUCAUAUUGUGAAGGUUUGUAUGAUAUUGCGUAAGGUAAACUGGCAGCUUUCAGAAAUUGCAGCUCUAAAAUUAUUGUUUAAUGCCUGUGUAAUGAAUACUGUUUGUUCAGCUGUAAAUUAUUCUCUCUGGUGAAACUUAUAUUCUUGAAGCUGUGUUUAUGAAAAUGAAGAAAUCUGUGUCAGCCAAUUGGAAAGUGGGUGACAUGUUGGUAGUGUUUAUGCCAGCUGUAUGUCUAGCAUGUAAUCAUUGGUAACAAAUAAUUCCUUUUUGUGUAUUUAUGCACAUGCAGUAAUGGGGUACAAGUAUCCUUACCUUUCAUGUACACACCAAAUAAAGGCAAAAAUGUAUUGAAUAAAAA